AUUUAUUUUAUUUUAUUUUAUUUUAAUUUUCUCCCACUCCAUUUGCACUUGUGCGACUUCAACCUGUCACUAUCGCUCGCCCUAAAAAGAAGAACAGUAUGGAAAUAAAGACGAUAGGCGGUGAAAGGAUGACCUAUGCCUGCGUUUAUUCUCAGAAGAGAUCGAUAAGUAGAGAUCAACGCGAUCGGAUUCGUCGUCUUUGACAUCGUAUCUGCUCUUCAGCUGAAGCUAGGCCGAAACUUCAAUCAAAGUGUUUUCUGGAUUGCUGGUGAUGCCGAUGUAGAGGAAAGGGAGAGGGGGUUUUCAGCCAAAAGAUUUGUUGGGGGUUUCGCGUUGAGACAAACGAGAUAGAAAAAAAGGGAAUUUUAUAGAUCGAUCGUUCCCUCUUUGUUUCUUUUUGGUUAUUGCAAAGGUUGCACUUUGGCUUGUUUGAGUGUUAACGGGGCUGAAGGGCUCCGGUCAGUGGAUGUAUUUUCAUUGGUGAGAUAUCUGGUUGAGGAUUUUGAGCGGAUCCCAAAAGAUACUGUGGAGAUUUGGGCGUUUUCGUCGAUCCUAUGUGCCAUGAGAAAUCUCUUUCAUGCUGACACCUUCAAGGAAAAUCAGGUUCAUACGUUUAAUCCUCAGUCAUGGCUUCAGGUGGAGAGGGGAAAGGUUUCCAAGUUCUCUUCUCACUCUCCUGCUUCCAUAGAAUCUCUUAUCAAGGUUGCUGAACCUCCUGUUCUCCCUUUCUUCAAACCGGUUGACUAUGUGGAGGUCUUGGCUCAGAUCCAUGAAGAGCUAGAAUCCUGCUUGCCUCAUGAGAAAGCAGAGGUAUACUUGCUACAAUUUCAGGUAUUUAGGGGUCUUGGAGAGGUUAAAUUGCUCCAGAGGAGCUUGCGUUCUGCUUGGGAGACAGCAAGCACAGUUUAUGAGAAGCUUAUUUUUGGAGCUUGGCUUAAGUAUGAGAAAAAAGGAGAAGAGCCUAUCUCUGAUCUCCUUGCUUCAUGUGGGAAAUGUUCUCAGGAAUUCAGGAUCCUGGGUGUUGCCCCUGAAAUCCCUCUUCAGGAUUCUGAGGUAAUGAGUGCUUGUAAUUUAGGUAAAAUAGAGCCAACCAACGUCGUAUACUUCCGAGUAAGAGAAGAAUAUAUAGCAUGUGAUCGGCAGAAGAUUGCCGAUUUGUCGCCGCCAUUCAACACCAUGCUUAACGGGUGUUUCACCGAGUCAAUUCAAGAAGUAAUAGAUAUGUCUGAGAAUAACAUCUCGCCCAUAGGUAUGAGAGCAAUCUGCAACUUUAGCCUGUUGGGAAGUUUAAAUGAAUUGUUAUCCUUGGAUAUUUUGUUGGAAAUAUUGAUAUUUGCAAAUAAAUUCUGUUGUGAGAAGCUGAAAGUGGCCUGUGAUAGAAAGUUGGCAUCUUUGGUUUCUUCAAGGCAAGAUGCUGUGGAUCUUAUGGAGUGUGCACUGGAGGAAAAUUCUCCUGUUCUUGCUGCUUCUUGUCUACAGUUUUUCCUCCGGGAUCUUCCUGAUUGUAUAAAUGAUGAGCAAGUUGUUAGAAUCUUUUCCACUGCUAAUAAGCAGCAAAGAUUCAUCAUGGCUGGACAUGCUUCCUUCUCACUCUACUGUUUGCUAAGUGAGGUUUCAAUGAAUGCUAAUCCAAAGUCAGAGGUCACAGCUUCCUUUUUGGAGAAGUUGGUUGUGUCUGCUGUGAAUUCCAGGCAGAAACAGAUAGCGUUUCAUCAGCUUGCCUGUGUGAGGCUUUUGCGAAAGGAAUACGAUGAAGCAGAACGUCUUUUCGGUGCUGCUGUUGCUGCUGGGCAUGUCUAUUCUGUUGCUGGUUUGGCUAGGGUUGCUUGCUUUAAGGGCGAUAAGCGUUCAUCUUAUGAAAAGCUUAGCUCUGUGAUUUCUUCGUAUAAUCCUCUCGGCUGGAUGUACAUGGAGAGAUCUUUGUAUGCUGAUGGGGACAGAAAGUGGGAAGACCUUGAUAAGGCUACUGAGUUAGAUCCCACUCUUCUUUAUCCUUACAUGUUUCGAGCAUCAUUCUUGAUGAGAAAGCAAAGUGCUGAGGCGGCUCUCAUGGAAAUUAACCGUGUUUUGGGGUUCAAAUUAGCUUUAGAGUGUUUGGAACUGCGGUUUUGCUUUUAUUUGGCUCUUGAAGAUUAUAGAGCUGCGCUACGUGAUGUACAAGCAAUCCUUACUUUGUCUCCAGAUUAUCGAAUGUUUGAAGGACGUGUGGCGUCUUCUCAGAUGCGAACACUUGUUCAGGAACAUGUUGAGCAGUGGACGACCGCUGAUUGCUGGCUUCAACUUUACGAGCGGUGGUCAGCAGUGGAUGAUAUUGGAUCUCUUUCUGUUAUCUAUCAAAUGCUUGAGGCAACAGAUGCUGCAAAAGGAGUUUUAUACUUUAGGCAGUCUCUGCUUCUUCUCAGAUUGAAUUGUCCAGAAGCAGCCAUGCGAAGCUUGCAGCUUGCACGUCAGCAUGCGGCCAGCGAACACGAUCGUCUAGUUUAUGAAGGAUGGAUUUUAUAUGAUACUGGUCAUUGUGAGGAAGGGCUUCGCAAAGCCGAGGAGUCUAUCUCGAUCCAAAGGUCUUUUGAGGCCUUCUUUUUGAAAGCAUAUGCCCUGGCAGAUUCAAGCCCUGAUCCUUCAUGUUCUGCAACUGUUAUCUCACUUCUUGAAGAUGCAUUGAGGUGUCCUUCAGAUAGGCUUCGAAAGGGCCAGGCCUUGAACAAUCUUGGCAGUGUAUAUGUGGAUUGUGGGAAGCUAGAUCUGGCAGCAGAUUGCUAUAUCAGUGCUCUUAAAAUUCAGCACACAAGAGCUCAUCAAGGACUAGCUCGUGUACAUUUCCUUAAAAAUAAUAGGACUUCUGCAUAUGAGGAAAUGACUAAGUUGAUAGAGAAGGCUAGAAACACCGCCUCGGCAUAUGAGAAGAGGUCGGAGUACUGCGAUCGCGAGCUAACGAAAGCAGAUCUGCAGAUGGUGACUAAAUUGGACCCGCUGCGCGUUUACCCCUACAGAUAUCGCGCUGCAGUGCUUAUGGACAGUCACAAGGAAGUAGAAGCAAUAGCCGAGCUAACGAGGGCAAUUGCCUUCAAAGCCGACCUCCACUUGCUCCACCUAAGAGCUGCAUUCCACGAGCAUAUCGGAGACGUCGCCGGUGCUCUUAGGGACUGCAGGGCCGCUCUCUCGGUCGACCCCAACCACCAGGAGAUGCUAGAGCUUCACAACAGAGUAAACAGCCAAGAACCAUGAUUGAAAUACUUAGUCCAUAGCUUCAUUUUGUACACUACAGAUCCUUGGCCCCAAUCCCUUCUAGCAUAUUGUGUUUUUUGUUCUUUCUUUUCUGCUCUUUCCUCGUCCCUUUUCUUUGUAAGUUUGCCUUCUACAAGUUUCAGUAUGCACUUGGCACUUUAGCUUCUAGCCUUAAAAAUUUUGAUAUGUGAAUGGAAUUAAAAGCUUGAAAGGUGAGCGUAAAAA